CUACAGCCCCUCCAUACACCCUCCCAAACACUCAGCACCAUAGCGCAUCCUCAGGAAAUUAGUGUUUUCUCCUGGUUUAGAUCUUGCAACCUCCUCACAAACUUGCAAUACGUUUCCAGUUUACUGACAGUUAGCUCUGGCUGCUAAUGGCCAAUAGUAGCUGUCCAGAUUUAUAAAUAGUUGAGAGGCUGUUUGUUUCAUCCAUCUGACACUCGACACCAAAGGAUUUCACAGACCCACAUGCUAGCCCGAGUCCUCAUUCUGGUCCCCCAUGGUGGACACUCUCCCUGGGACAACUCCUCUAUUUCUGUCUAGUCUCCAGCCCGAGUCCUGCUUGCGGCUCAGAGACCUGAAAGUGGACUACAUAGAGGGGCUUUUUGGAUUUCUGAGAGCUGGAGCUGUGAGAGGGGACAGAUCAGAUCAGCGUCAAAGGCUUUUUUAAAGAGAUGAAACACUUUUGAGGAGUUUACAACAAGGCGCAAAUUAUGGAAUAUAAAACUCAAAGGAAAACAACAAACUCUGGGAUUGUUUUGGAGACAGGCCAGCUAAAUGGCAUGAUGCCGUAGGAGCUACUGGCUUUACAAAAUCCUGACCCAGGGCCCUAAAUUCUGGGUGCAGCAGCUCCAGCACCAGGCAGAGUGUGUAAUUUUGAGGUCUAUGUUUGCAUGAAUGUUUGAACAACUGAAGGCAGACAUUUUUGUUUGCAAUUCUGCAUCAUGACCUCCGUUGAGAAGCGCCGCUCUGGCCGAAAGAGUGGCAGGCAUCGAAGGCACAGCGAUGGAGGCUACAGCGACACCUCCAGCGGUGGGUCCUUCUUGGAUGAGAAUGACCGUGAGGUCUGCAGUCUGACAGACAGGGCAUUCAGGAGUCUCUGUAUCGGCGAUGAAGCUGUUUAUAAUGACUCAGACCUAAGUCUGUCUUCACCCUGCACUCAGAGAGACAGACAGCUGGCCUUUAGCCAGAGCGGACAGGACAGAGAGGACGGAGAGGACAGAGAAAGGGAAGAACUUAAGAGAGCUGCACGUGAGAACUUCAGCCUCAAGGUGCAGCAGUAUGGACAGGACUGGAGCCAUGGAAGAAUGUAUGGAGGUGAGAUUCACAGAGAUCCACAAUGGGAGGUUCAUGGAGAAAGGACACAGGGGAGGAUUUCUGCCACAUUCCAGCACUCCGUUGUGGAAACCUCUCAAAAGGAAACAUCUUUAAAGGAGGAACGGCUCAACUUUCUCAGCAAUGGAGCCACAGAGUUGAGUUCACAGCAACGCAAAAGCAACUCCAGAGUUUCCUCUCUCAUCAGAGCAUUUAAUUCUGAGCGAAACAGGGAUGGAGUAGGAAUGGAUGACAAAAUCAGAGAGUGGAAAGAUGAGACGAGCUGGGACAAAUCAGCUCUAAUGAGUAUCCAGAGGGAACUUUCUGAAUUCUCUACAUCAUACCAGCAAAAUUUUCACAGCAGUCAUUUCCCCUCUUCUGGUUCAUUCUCAUAUGGAGACAACAACCUCCACUCCUUUGGAUCUGAUGUAGCAGCAGUGUCUCACAGUUCUGCAUCUUCUUUUAUGAGAUCUUCACACAAUAAACAGAGCAUGUGCACACAGGUCAACUGCAACUCUAAUGUCUUUAUACACAGCGAGUUUAGUCCCUUCAAGGUGUGGAGGGACCAUAACAGGUUUCCCUUCCAGCAAGGACAAAUCUCAGGCUUUAUGCACCGUUCCGAGUUCGCUAAAUGGUAUGAGACACCUAUGUACAAGGAGCCUUCACAGAUGGGUCAACCACAGGGUCAUUAUACAGGUAUCAGACGGCCAAGGAGUAACUUGGCACCCAUGAUUUCACCAUCUCUUCCACGUUCCACCUCGACAUCUACAGUGCUACAGAACGCUUCAGCUGUGGAGAAACGCUGUGAGUCAGAGUUGGCAGGUAAUUACCCUCACAGAAAAAGAAGCCAGAGUGUGGGAACCAACAGGCUUCCGUCCCAUCGCCCAUCGACUGCAUCACCCACCAUUGAGAUGUCUCGACGUGUGAGGGACACCAUCAGCUCUGUCAAAGCCCUCCAGCAGAAAAUCAAAAUGAUGGCAGAGCAAAAUAUUACUACGGAAGUGACAGAAAACCAACAAACAGUACUUUACAGAAAAGAAAAUGUAAGUCUUGGCAAUAAUGCAGUAACAGUGGCACCUAACGCUAUUGGCAGUAACACAAGCACCACGCCAUUUAACAUCAGCCAGCUGCUGACACCUCUGGUCCAUGCACAUCAAGAAGCUGUUUCUUCUGAUCUCCAACAUUAUGCAACUUCUCCUCAACCUGUAGAGCAUUCUCCAGUACGAGCUGAAAGCAGGGGUGUGACUCCCGACAUUAGGAUGUCCACCUACAAAUCCAGAGCCACGAGUCUGCUCUUCAAUCUCAAAGACAACAGAAAACGAGUAAAAAGCACCUACAGUCCUACCAAAUUUAAAGCAGCGGAGACGUCCGAGAACAACAAACAGCCACCAACGCACGAGCCUAGAGAUACUGUGAUAGAUAUCCCUGAAUUUCCAGAUUCAGAAAUUCAAUUUUCACAGCUACAAGAAUCCAGCAGGACAAAUGCUGCUAUGAACCAGUAUCGCAUCCCAGAACUGUCACUUACAAUGUCAAAUUCUCAACCUGUAAUGGCAACUACAGGCCAAUAUGCAGAAUACUCUUUAAGCGAUUACCAGAGAGCUCAGAUGCAAGCCCAGAUGGUUCAUCACUCUGGGUUUACUGGAUUUUUACCUGAAAACUACACCGGCAAUAAGCUGGCUAAUGGACAGAAUCUCCAUGAAGAUUUAGCAUCAUUUGCUCCCUAUAGGCAGGAUACUAUGGCUGAUGUAGGAACUUUGGGAGGGGCUUUAUACACACAUAAAACACCUUAUUCAGCUACAGAAACACCAAGGCUAAAUGCUGACAACAAUCAAAGUGGAGAAUAUUUAAUAAGCAAGCCAAACAUUGAACAACCUUUUAAUGAAACAGUGGGAAGGCUAUUCACAAAGGUGGAGAAAUGUGAGCAGCUCAAACACAACAAACAUGAUUACAGUAAUGUCUCCUUACAGGAUAAGUGGAGGCAGACAAACAGCCAAGAUACAGAAAAGCUCAGCAUGAAUGCAACUAUCUCUCCAUGGAAACAAGAAACAGCUACUUUAAUGGAAAAGACAAGGCAAGAAAGUCACCAGGACAAAGGAGUGCUUCAAACACAUUCUGGAUGUAAUGAGAAAACUGAUUUGAAAGAUCAUUAUUUUAAACAGGAUUAUAACAAAUAUAAUGACAAUGAAUGUAUAAGCCAUCAGAUGUUUUCUUCUGCUAAAGACAAACAUAUAGGCAUGGGUGAAACAAGUCAAAGAAAACAAUAUAUGCAAAUUCCAAGGGGACACGAGGUCCAGAGUCUUCAGCCUUCAGAAGUGAAACCACAGUCUGAACAUAAUAUACACAUAAAUUCAUUUAACCCAGACAAAACAUCUGCCCCCCAAAUAGCAGAGCAGAUGACGGAGAGACAGUUUGCUGAGGUCAAGGCUAAACAGGUCAUGGCAGAACAUAUAAAAUCCCACCACACCCAGGCAGAGGUGGCAAAAGUUCAGCAGGGGGCUCAAGUGGAGCAGCCUAAAGCAGAGCCCUCUAAGUUAAUUUUAGCAGGGCAGAAUGAUUCGCAGAAAGACGCAGCAGAGCGGGUCAAAUCAGGACUAAUAAAGGAGGAGAGAGGGAAACAACCCCAAGCAGAACAUAUUAAAGAAAAUAAAGAGGAGAAGAUAAAAGGAGAACAAACAAGACAGUUCAGAGAAAAACAACCAGAGCUUGCCAGAGAGGAGCAGACAAAGGCUGAACAAACCAGAGUACACGAGGUAAGAGAUGAGCCAAGAAAUAUCACAGAGGAAGCAAGAGCUGAGCACAUUAAAAAGGAGCAGGGUAAGCAGGUCAAAGCGGAACGAGCUGAAACAGAGAAGCUAAAAGAAGAGCACAUAAAAACUGAACUGGCAAAAACCGAGCAGGCUUGGCAGACGAGAAUAGAGGAAGCUAAAACUGAACAGGCCACAGAAAAUUGGAUCAAUGUAGCACAAGUCCAGCAAAUGGAGGUAACCACUGAACAAGUUAAGAAAGAGCAGACAGAAACAGAACAAUCUGGAACAGAAAAGGUUAAUGUAAAAACGGCUGGGGUGGAAAAAACAGAGCAUGCAAAAGAGCAGCAAACUGAAGCAAAAGAAGUGAAGACAAAUGUAGCUGAAGUGGAGAAGAUCCAAACAGACCACAUUAAAGCUGGGAGUUUCCGAAAAGCAAAGGAAGUAAAAGCUUCAGUUCAUGUGAAUAUAGAGCAGUCUACAACAGGAACAAGCACAACGCAAGAUGCUAAACCUGAAGUUGGAAAAGCAGAAUGGGCAAAGCAGGAGCGAGCUAAAGCAGAGCUUAUAAAAGCAGAAAGCAUGCAGGAAAUGUCAGCUAAACUCACAGCUAAACUAACGGCUGCACAACUGGUCAAAAGUGAGCCAGAUAAAGUCAAGCAAGUCAAGACCGAGCUAGCUAAAGCUAAAGCAGAGUUAGCCAAAAUAAAAGAGAAAAUGAGAUGUGAGCAAAAAGAGAAAGGCAGACAUGCCAUCAUCAUAAAAGAGGAUGGCACUUCAAAGAACGAUGUUCCUUCAAAGUUAAAUAUAAAUGAAAAAGAGAAUUACUUAAAGAAAGAUAAGGAAGUUCAAAAGCGUCACCAGGAAGAAACAGUUAUCAGAAAAGAUAAUGAUCAAUCCAGCAGAGGCAGUGAUGAUUAUGAACAUCUGAGAGAGAAAUAUGGCUGUACUAACAGAAUUUCAACAGACAAAAACAAUUCAUCAGUGACAGGGAAUGUCUUAUUAAAUGGUCCUUGUGAAAAUCAAGUUUUACCUCCUAAUAAAGUUGAGAAAGUAAAUAAGGAGAAAUCAACAGAAGAACACAGUCCUACAAGCAGAUUUAUCACAGCUAACCAAAAAAAUAUAGAGGAAGUAGGUGGCUUUAAAUCCAGUGAAGUCUCUGAAAGUCAGCCUGUUUACAAUGUGUCAGCCAAAGAAUCCAAAUUACCCAGUGCCAAUUAUUCUGUAACUAAUGUAAAUAACAGAGCAAAUUUUGACACUGUUAGCGAUAACAUGAAGGACAACAGUGUUGAAAAAUUGGAAAAAUGCACCCCUGUGAAAGACACUGAGGUUUCACAGCAAAGAGAUUCUGAUUGGGUGAAACUGCUACCCCAUGAAAGGAAACCUAAGUCAGCUGAGCACAAUGUAGGCCCAAGUAAAGAUCAGCAUUUUAUGCCUCCCAAAUCACUGUCUCAUAAAGAAAGAGCCAUGACCAAGCAAGAGAUUCUGACUUCCAAGAUAAAAGCUCAUGCUGAAAAGGAAAUUUCAGCAAUUAAAGAAAAGGGCUGUGCUAUACGAGAUGGAUUCAUAUCCAAAAAUUCUUCCAAGCAAUUAGCUUGUAGUCAGACAGUUAAGAUACGACAGAGGCCGCCAUCGCAGGAGGCGUCUAAAAAGCAUGAAAGUAUAAUGCCCAGUAAUGCAACACUGAAACCUCAGAUGGGCUCUUUAGGAGUACAGAUGGACCGUGUCAAGUCUGUUUCACCUUCAAGCUCUGCUACUAUACCAGUUAAAUCUACAGCAACCACCACUCAUAAUAUCAUGAGCACAACUGAAUGCUUGCUACAAAAUCAAAAGCUGGAGUCCAAACCAAUGCAAAAUAAAGAGCAGCCACUCACGAUCAACCAAGAAGAACAGAAAGCAGUUCAUGCAGAAAUAUCUGGAAAACCAAAAGAUGGAGGUAAAGACUCUUCAGAUAUAAAAGCUGACAUUCCCAACAAAAAGGAAGAAGAUCCUGCAGACGCCACCUGUGUCAAAACUGCAAGCUCCAAACCUGUGAUGACAGAAAAGGCUGAAAGUAAAGAAGAAGCUUAUGUAGACUUAGCACCUUCACUAAACAUUGUCUUUGGUCAGAAAAAAGAACCUGCAGCUGAUCAUAGCUUGCAGAUUAUGGGAAUAAUGGUAACUGUACACGAAAGAAAGCCAACUGUGAACACUGGUCAAGGGAAUAACAAUGCUCAAAACCAUCUGAAUGUAACAGAGAAAGAAAACAACAGUUCAGAACUGGAUAAGUGUUCUCCCAACUCAUGUCUAGAAUUAACUGAAAGAAACACAUCUUCAAAUGAGGUCAUAAAGAAAAAUAACACGCAGGAAACAGAAGAUCAGGCUAAAUUUGUUAGAGAAAGUCAUCCUGAAAAUGUGCAAGAAACACCACUCUCGGAAGCAGUAAAGAACAAUAUGAAGAUGUGUCAGGAAAGGACACAUCCACAGCAGGAUGGUUCUACUAUGAAUACAAAACCUCAGGGGGAAACACAGCCAGAAACCUUGACCAAAAAAGGUACCAUCACUGUACCCGCUAAAAAUACAGUGCCAGGUGAAACUCAACCCCUUCACCACAAAGAGGACAUAAAAGCAAGACAAGGAAAGGAUCACAACACAGAUAAAAUGCUAAGAGAGAGGACAGAUGAAGAGAAAAAUCCACAAAAAGUGCAAACAGCUCAUAGCAAUGAGAACUUAGCUGUCCCAACAGUGAACACUGGAAUCAACAACAUGAAUGAUGCUGAAAUGCUGAUAAAGCAGGUCGCUAAGCAAGUUCUGAAAGAAGAUAUGACAAAUGUGGACAAUCAGGCCAACAUCAGCAAUGUAGAUGGCAAAACAGCACCGCUACUUGAGGAAAACAAACAUGACUCUAUAGUUCCAAAAAUGUUAAACACCAGUUCUUCCAACAAGUUAUUCAAAAAUGAAAACACACAUGGAUCACACAAAUUUCAAUAUAAUGACAACCAAAUCAGGGAUAAUAAAAAAGAGAACGAUAACGUGCACAUUGACAGCAUCGCCAUCAGAGUUGUACCAUCAGUAACUGAGACGGAUAACAUGGCGAUAGUUGGAAAAGAAGAUGGUGCAACUUUGCCAUUUGAUCGAGUGCAAGCUAAUAAAGAGAAAGAAGUUACAUCAUCUAGUUGCCAAGAAAAAGUUAUCACUUUAAGCACAGAAGAACAAGCAUGCACUGAGAGAUCUAGUUCUGAUGACACACAUGUGCUGUCCAGUGUUAGAAAACUGUCUGAUUCGCUGAAAUUUAGCAAUCAACAGAAUAGCAACAAUGCAACAAGCGAGAAUACUCAAUCUGAGAAUGAAGAGCUUGAAAAAGUAAAGAAAUGUGAGGAACUGGUGGGUGAAUCAAGUGAACAACAAGCAAAUGGAGACUACUUUCAAGUACAAGGGAUAACAGAAACCAGUAAUGAGCCACAGUACAAUAGCAAAACUGAUAGAGAUGCAUCAGAGGGAAGGGGACUUCCAGGGUUACCACCAAACAGAACAGCUGCCAGCAAUGAAACACACAAUGAAGGAAAGAUUGAAGCCUUUGUGUUCACUGUGGAUCAAAGUAAAAGAAAAACAACCGAUUCAAGUACAGUUCAAGAUGAAGAUGCUAAAAGGAAAAAUUGGGAAGCAGAAGAUAAGCUAGAAUCAAAACAGACAGACAGAUCUAGGAAGAGAUGGAAUAAUAAUGAAAAUGCUAAGGCAGAACAAGCUAAUCACAUUAGAAAACAAACUGAGAACCACUCCACUGUAUCGGCAACCGAAAGACAAAGUUCAAGAAAUUCAUUCCCAGCAAGGGAGAGCACAUUUCAAGAAAAACCUGAAGUUAAAACAAAACCAAAAGGAAAGCUAUCCACAACACCAGAGAUAUCAGCAAUUGCAGACUAUGCAAGGUUAAAAGUAAUUGUUUCAGAGGACAGAGAAGCAAAUACUUUUCAGGAAUACCCACCCAACAAAAAGGAAGGAUUCUUUCCACUAAUACAGACCCGUCAUAGCAGACGUCCUGUGUUUACUACUGACCCACAUGAGAACUCUGUAAAAGAGAAAAGUUUGCCAGAUAAGACAGAAAUGAGUGCUAAGGUGAAUAAAGUACCCAAACUACUAGUAUUUCCAAUCACAGACAAAGAGCAUCAAAGAACAGGGAUGUUCAAACUGGGAGAAAAAGAAAGACAAGAUUCCAAAGUGAAGGAAAGCCCGGCAGACAAUGCAGCAAAAUACACCCAACACAAAGAAAGGAACCAUUCACCAAAAACUCAGACAAUACAAAUAUCUGAAGCUGGCUCCCAAAAGGGAUGCCAAGAAGAUCAAACCGUUUGUCAGCCAAAUAGUCAUUCUUUGCAACCAGCAACAUCAUCUUUUGUAGUUAACGACUCUCUACAUCCAACCAUGGAGCAAAUGCGCAACAGGAAAGAAAAUUUUACUCAACAAAUGCAAGAUGGGAGAUUUGAAAAACAUCAAAAUAAAGACCUGGGGCCGAAGACUGACGAUGAGAGGACAGAAAAACUAAAAGAAGAAAGUCUUGAAACUCAGCAUGGAAUAAUCAUAGCAAAGCAGCAGCGUACGAAAAAACAAUUAGAAGAAGAGCAAGCAUUCAUGUCUGAAGAGAUAAAAAGAGAAGAAGACAUGAAAAUAAAGCAUAUAUUGGAUGAGAGUAGAGCUUCUCUGGCUGAAGAAGAGAGGAGAGCCACUCAGAGAGAAGAGGAGAGGAGAGCAAAAGAGCGUGAGGCCGUAGCUAUUAAGAUCAAGGAGAGGCGAGAGAAGCAGAGGGAAGCAGAGAGAUCAGAUGAAGAAACAAAAUUCAAACAGAAAGAAGAGGAUAUUAGAGCAGAACAAAGAGAAGAAAAAGUGAGAAUGAAAGAAAUUGAGGAAAAGAAGAACAGAAGAAUAGAGGAGCAACAGAGAGCUGCACAAGAAGAGCAACAGAGGAAAGCUGCAGAAGAAGAGCAGCAAAAAAGAGCUGCACAAGAAGAGCAACAAAGAAGAGCUGUGUAUGAAGAGCAACAAAAAAGAGCUGUGCAAGAAGAGCAACUAAGAAGAGCACAAGAAGAAAAACAGAGAGCUGCAGAAGAACUGAAAAGAAGAGCUGCACAAGAAGAGCAACAAAGGAGAGCUGCACAAGAAGAGCAACAGAGAAGAGCUGUGUAUGAAGAGCAACAAAGAAGAGCACAAGAAGAAAAACAGAGAGUUGCAGAAGAACUGAAAAGAAGAGCUGCACAAGAAGAGCAACAAAGGAGAGCUGCACAAGAAGAGCAACAAAGGAGAGCUGCACAAGAAGAGCAACAAAGGAGAGCUGUGUAUGAAGAGCAUCAAAGAAUAGCACAAGAAGAAAAACAGAGGGUUGAAGAAGAAAUAGCACAAGAAGAAAAACAGAGGGUUGAAGAAGAACUGAAGAGAAGAGCUGCACAAGAAGAGCAACAAAGGAGAGCUGCACAAGAAGAGCAACAGAGAAGAGCUGUGCAUGAAGAGCAACUAAGAAUAGCACAAGAAGAAAAACAGUGGGUUGCUGAAGACCUUACAAGAAGAGCUGCACAAGAAGAGCAACAAAUGAAAGCUGCACAAGAAAAGCAACAGAAAAGAGCUGCAGUAGAAGAGCAACAAAGGAGAGCUGCACAAGACGAGCAACAGAAAAGAGCUGUACAAGAAGAGCAACAAAGGAGAGCUGCACAAGACGAGCAACAGAGAAGAGCUGUACAAGAAGAGCAACUAAGAAUAGCACAAGAAGAAAAACAGUGGGUUGCUGAAGACCUUACAAGGAGAGCUGCACAAGACGAGCAACAGAAAAGAGCUGUACAAGAAGAGCAACAAAGGAGAGCUGCACAAGAAGAGCAGCAGAGAAGAGCUGCACAAAAAGAGCAACAAAGAAGAGCUGCACAAGAAGAGCAACAAAGGAGAGCUGCACAAGAAGAGCAACAAAGGAGAGCUGCACAAGAAGAGCAACAGAGAAGAGCUGUACAAGAAGAGCAACAAAGGAGAGCUGCACAAGACGAGCAACAAAGAAGAGCUGUGCAUGAAGAGCAACUGAGAGUAGCACAAGAAAAACAAAGGGCUGCCGAAGAACUGAAAAGAAGAGCUGCACAAGAAGAGCAACAGAGGAAAACUACACAAGAAAAGCUACAGAGAGCUGCAGAAGAAGAGCUACAGAUGAGAGUAGCUCAAAGAGAGCAACAAAGGAGAGCAGUUCAGGAGAUUCAACAGAGGAAAGCAGCUUUGAUUGAGGAACAACGACAGAUUGAGGAGAAGAUACUUGCCAAUACUGAGGCAGACAAGAAAAGAAAACCGAGAGAAGGAGAUAAAGUUUUGCAUAUUUCAGAAGAGGAAAGGAUUGAACAGAUACAAAUGGAAGAGCAAAAGAGACAAAGGCAGAAAAAGGAAGAAUGGAUGAGAACUCAAACAGGGGAGGAAGAAAUGAGAGCUGUAGAAAGAGUAAAGAUCAUAAAGGAAGAAAAGCAAGCCAACGAGAGACCUAAACUUCAUGAAAACAGCCAAGAAGCACUGAAAAAUGAGAUGAGAGUGGAAAAAGAAGGCAUGCUAGCUCAAAGAGAGAAUAACAUCAAGGCUAACAAGAGGGAAGAAGAAAAGGUAACCGCUGACAGUGAGAAGGUGAGAGAUAAUCGGAAAGAGGAAAAAAGAGUAGCACAGGUGGAUGCUCUCCAGUACUAUGCCAUUACUUCAACAGAAUCAGAGACAAAACAAAGAGAAAGGCAACUAUGCUCCCCUUCACCCUCCCAACAAAGAAACAAUCUAUCAGAAAAUGAGUCAACUGAGUCCCACGGGUCCCACACGAGAUCUUAUAGACCCCAUGCCCCUGCAUCUCCAGCUCCAUCUCUGCCCCGAUCCAACACUUCCUCACCUGCUCUAGGAGUCAAGCCCUUAAUGUUCAGAGUAAAGGACAACACCUUCAGAGGUUCCACUUCCACCAAAUCGGUUAAGCCACGAUUCUAUAAGAGCUUUGGAGACGAUGUCCGGGUGGGUUCACCCAGUGACAGGGGAUUAGAGAAAAGAGAGGAAGGACAGGAGAAAAUAAGACACAGUGCUGGAACUCCUGUCCAGCAUCACACAGGUUUAAAUAGACUCACUGCUGUCAGUGAAUCUUCAACUUUCCAGUCAGCAUCUUCACCACAGGAUCACUCAGCCCCUAUCCCUCAUUAUAGGCCCUAUUCCAGGAGAAGCAUUGCUAUGGAGGAAGAUGACUCACGCUCUCUUAUCAGCAAUAUGUCUGAAGAUGUGGAAAGUUUUGCCACCAGUGCAGCAGACCUUGCAGACAUACGAGGUCUUUAUGACUACGAGAGACCAGAAUCAGCAUGUAGCUUCAGCAGUGAUGUGUCCCGUUCUUUGGGCAAGCCUCCAGCUGUUCCCCCAAAGAGCGAGAAAGCCCUACGGAGGGCUCAAAGGCUAACUACCCGGAGAAUGAAGAAAGAGUUGUCCAAAGUUGGCGCAGACAGCCUUUCUGGAGUUGAGAAAGAUGUCUCCACUAUUCGUUCCUCUUCAUCCACUGAGGUACGAUCCUCUAAUCGCCAUGCUAUGGCUUCCCCUCAUAUUUCCUCACCUGUCUCCCUUGCUAAUGCUCCUGUGUCAGGGUCCAGCUUGCCUUCCACCCAUACAGAACACCACUCUUUCCACGCUUCCCCUCAUGCCACUGGUCCUAUUUCUAUCCCUCAUACUGCCGCCGUUUCCCUCCCUGGUGUGUCUCAUUAUGCUACUGGCCCUGCUUCCCAUACUGCUGCUCCUAAGACUGUUGCUCAUGUUCCCUCUUCUCCCACUUUCCACCAAGCCCACCACCCAGCUCCAGUGACACAGUAUCAUGUAGAGUCAAGCUAUCCCCAGGCCUACCCUCUGACCCAGCGCAAGGUGCUGCAAGACCCCGGUUCUGGUCAGUAUUUUGUAGUGGACCUGCCUGUUCAAGUGAAAAAGAAGACUUUCUUUGACCCACAGACAGGAAAGUAUAUCCAACUGAAUGUGCGCGAGUCUGGCAAGAGCAUCUCACAACCUCAACCCCAGCAAACAUGCCCACAGCCUGAGAUGCAGAUCAAGUCCCAGCAACAGCCCUUCUCCCAGACUUUUCCUGCUGGCAAACCCUUUGUGCUUUAUCAAGGGUACCACGGUUAUCCCCAACACUACCAGCCUGCAAGUAUCAAUUCCCUGCAUCCCAACAAGUCGCAGGUUCCUGCAACUCUCCACCAGAACCAGCAGCCUGGACAUCAGGCUUUUGAACUGGGACAAAACUCUGAAGGGCAUCGCUACAGUCCAGAGAAGACCCCGUACAUGGACACGGUUAAUGACAAAGACAAAACAUAUAACACAAUUUACAGCACACAUGGCUCAUAUGAGUCGUUCCCAGAGUGUGACACAAACAGCCAGCUUGCAGGAAGCUCAGUUUGUGAAAAUGAUAACUCAGCCCACUCGCAAUAUAAUCCUCGUGAUAUAAUAGCUAUGAGUGAACUGGAGGACUUUAUGGAGGUGUCUGAUUGGUGAGAGUAAAGACUGAUAUUAAAUAUUUAAUAAAGUAAAGAGUGAAUGGAUCAUAAUAUACAUGAUUUUAAGUGGUUGCAAAUGACUUUUUCAAGUGAAAAUAGUCUCAGAAUGUUUUUGGUUUCUAGUUUUAAUAAGUCUCUAUAGCAAACUGUUAUAUUGUUUCUGCUUUUGGAGAUUCGCUGUUGAUUUACUUGUUUUACAGAGUUCACCAUUCCAUUUGACUUUGAAUGUGAGAAGCUAAGCUAUGCUUCUUGUGUAAACAGUGUCAUUAGCACUGCCUGUUCAACCUAACUGCAUUUUAUUAUAUAUCAUACGGUAUAUCAAAAGUUGUUUGGAAAAACUUUUGCUACUGACGAGCCUGCUUUACCUUUAAACACAAAUUGGAGAUUUUGAGAUUCAGAAGCAUAGUUUUUUAAUUCAGCCAUGUAUGAAGUGAAAAAAUGGUGAUGUGGCUGUUGCUGUUUUUAAGAAUUAAUAUCAUACAGUAGUCUAUUUUUAUAGCUGAAUGUUUGUAAAAAUUGUUUGGUUGCUGUGAAACAGUAGCGUGACAUGGGCUGAAUCAGAUAAUAAUCGAUUAAUAAUUUCUCAUCACGGUGUAUUUUAAACCUCUUUGUAAAAGUUAGAAAUAAACCAAAAGGAAAAGAUAAAAAGGUUCAUGCAAGAGGCUGAUUUUAUUUUACAACCAUAAUAUAAUGUAAUAUAAUGACAUCUUGUUCUGACUUCUGAAAUGUACCCUGGGCCUGAGUGAUUCAAAAUGAAGAGUCUUUUUAUGAUUGCAUAAGACAAUUACAAUGUGCUAUUGUAAUGUGCAGUAAUAUGUCCUGAGAGAUAAAGGAAAAUAACACUUUGUUGAUGGCAUUUAUUUUGUGUCCUUUUUACUGUAUGAAGCAAUCCAAAUGUUUAAAUCUUUUAAUAUUAUACCCACGAGAGUGUGAAAAUGUGCCUUCUUUUAUUUCCCUUGAUCCACACACUCCAAUUAAAUGUACGGUGCUGUGGUGAGAAUGCAUGCCUAUACUCUCCAGUUUAACAUAACCAUACAGCUGAUCCCCUGAGAAGCAGUAACCUGCUUUGACCACUGUGGGGCAGAGCAGAGUGCUUCAUCUGCUGGAGCAAAGACCUGAACUUAAGACCUGGGAAGAGAAAAACCUGAAGGAAACCCUGAACACAAGAUUUUAUUAAGAAGUCAAAAUCAGAAGUAUCAUUUUAACACAUGAUCCUCAAUUUAUAAAACUUGUACUGUGGCUUAACCUUAUAUUACAACUGUCUGUUUUUUCAAAAAAACAAACAAACAAACAAACAA